AUGGGCAACUGCUUCGGAAAAUCGAGUUCAACCUUCCAAGGCGAAGGCCGUACACUCGGAGCACAGCCAAGCAAUGCGCCCGCCCAAUCGAACAACGCCAGCGCUGCAGCGCCAGCUAAGAUCAGCGCACCGGCUGGUGGACGAACGUUAGGCAGGAACCCACAGGCACCAGGCGAGUCGCAUACACCUGGCGAAGCAGCAGCGAAAGCAGCAGAACUCGGUUGGACCAAUCCUAUGAAGGUUGCAGACUGCGGCCAUGGGAGGGACGAGCUUGGGGCGAUACUCUUUGCGUUGAAGGAACGAUUAAAAGCUUCACAAGGAAAAGGAAAGCUUGGGAAGCAAUUGGACGCACAGAAAGGACAGACACAAGCUGGAACAUUGGCACAAAACGCGAGGGAUAAUGUUGCGGCACGAGAUGCAGAUGCAGCGGCCGAAGCAAGGAACUGGAACUAG